ACAAAAAUUUUCCCAUCAACCAAACAACCUUAAAAAAAUAUGGAUCAUGGACUAAUGAACGGCCAAGAUUUCAUCUUCCGAUCAAAGCUCCCAGACAUAUACAUUCCAAAUCACCUCCCUCUGCAUACCUAUUGCUUUGAACACCUCUCCCAAUUCCAGCACCGCCCCUGCCUAAUCAACGGCGCCACCGGCGAGGUCCACACCUAUGCCGCAGUCGACCUAGCAGCCAGACGUGUCGCUGCCGGGCUGAGCAAGAUUGGGGUUGGACAAGGCGACGUGAUAAUGCUCAUGCUCCAAAACAGCCCGGAAUUCGUAUUUGCGUUUCUUGGCGCGUCGUUCGCCGGUGCAAUUAGCACCACGGCGAACCCGUUGUACAAGCCGGGGGAGAUUGCAAAGCAGGCGGCAGGGGCGAGGCCAAAGGUAAUUAUUACACAAGCGGAGUUUGUGGAGAAGGUUUGGGGAUAUGCGGUGGAACAUGGGGUGAAGAUAUUGUGUACGGAUUCGCCGCCGGUUGGUUGUUUGAGAUUCUCAGAGGUUAUGGAGGCGGAUGAAAAUGAUAUUCCGGCGGUAAAGAUUAAUUCAAAUGAUGUUGUUGCUCUUCCUUUCUCGUCUGGAACUACGGGAGUUCCUAAAGGGGUUAUGUUAACGCAUAAAUCUCUUGUUACGAGCGUUGCUCAGCAGGUGGAUGGAGAGAAUCCAAAUGUAAACUUAUAUAGCAACGAUGUGAUCAUAUGUGUUCUUCCAUUAUUCCAUAUCUACUCUCUCAAUUCCGUUCUCCUCUGUGGAUUACGUGUCGGCGCAGCCAUUCUCAUCCUUAAAAAAUACGACAUGUCGUCCCUUCUCCCCCUCAUUCAAACCUACAAGGCCACAAUUGCCCCCUUCGUCCCUCCCAUCGUCUUGGACUUUGCCAAAAACCCCGAUAUCCACCGUUACGACUUGUCGUCCAUCAGAAUCGUCAUGUCGGGUGCCGCCCCCAUGGGCAAGGACCUCGAGGACACCGUUAAAGCUAGGCUCCCUAACGCCACGCUUGGACAGGGGUAUGGAAUGACGGAGGCAGGGCCAGUGCUAUCAAUGUGUUUGGCGUUCGCAAAGGAACCUUUCGAGGUAAAAUCAGGUGCAUGCGGGACUGUCGUAAGGAAUGCUGAGAUGAAGAUCAUAAACCCCGAAACUUCCGUAUCUUUGCCACGUAAUCACCCUGGUGAAAUCUGCAUACGUGGCUCCCAGAUCAUGAAAGGUUAUAUUAAUAACAGAGAAGCGACCGAGAAAACUAUAGACAAAGACGGAUGGCUUCACACAGGAGACUUAGGGUUCAUCGACGACAACGACGAGAUCUUUAUCGUCGAUCGAUUGAAGGAAUUGAUCAAGUACAAAGGAUACCAAGUUGCCCCAGCAGAGCUUGAAGCUCUCUUGACUUCAAACCCUAACAUUUCUUCAGCUGCUGUCAUACCUAUGGAAGAUGAAGCAGCAGGAGAGAUCCCUGUUGCAUUUGUUGUUAGAUCUAAAGGUUCCAAGAUUAGUGAGGAUGAUCUCAAAAAGUAUAUUUCAGAUCAGGUUAUAUAUUACAAAAAAAUCAGAAAGGUUUUCUUUGUGGACUCAAUUCCAAUUGCUCCUUCAGGGAAGAUAUUGAGGAAAGUUUUAAAAGCUCAGUUGGAGGCUGGUGCAUUUUAA